AUGGACUCUCCACGAGAAGAAUUUCCACGAGUGUCCGUUGAUACGCAACAGGACUGGCAGCGCAUUAGGGCCAACUUCACGCAGGCGGUUUAUGCGCGGCUGGACGAGCAGCUUGCGCUCAAUAACCUCACCGGACAACGGUCGCUCUUUGCUGACCACGUCCAACAGCUUAUAGAUGCGACAUUCGACAUCGCACGGGCAAAUGUACGCGUCAACGGCCGGAAUCUGGAGGAUUUAAACGGGGACGGUAGAGAGGUCGAGAUUUUCGACGAAGCUCUUGAUAGACGCAUCUGGUCACUCUCCGACCAACGCUUGAUAUCGGAACGCGAGAUUGCGAUCAAGCGGCGAACCAGGCCACAGGAAGUGGUCACGCUCCUAGAAGAUCUACUUCAACGCCAACAGGCCGAGGCAGAUGAUACCAACGAGGAGCCUGAUGAA